AUUAAAGUUAGUACAUAAAUGAUUUCAGUUUCAGAGUAAAAAUGAUUUUAAACAAAAACUUACAGUAUUAGAUUUGUUGCUGGAAAUUUUAUUUUUAGUGCUUUUCUAAUUUUUCACUUAUCUAAAAAAGUAUGAUAAUUUUUGUUAAACUCAUGGUUGGUUUGGAAAUUGCUGUAAUUACUAAAAAGUGAAAGAAAGAUGGAAAAACUAACAAAACUUAUUAUAAGAUACUCUUCUUACUUGCGUAUUAAGAUGAUAAUAAUUUAUAUUAACUUUCAAGAUAAUAAAUAGUUUAACUAAAGUUACGGAUAUUAACUUAAACUCUUUGGAUGUCUUUUAAAGAUGUCUUAAAAUUUAAGUGCGGUUUAAUCGGAAAUUACUUUCUAUCAACAGUUUAUGCGUGCAACCGUUCGUUUUGCGGAAUGGCUGCUCCAAAAAAAAAUUAUUUAUUUGGCAUUAUUUUCUGCACAUAUACUUUUCUAACUGCAUUUUUUGGCUCUAUAUUUAUAAUGGGCCCUUUUUUACCUUUAAUGCUUAUAAACAUGAAAUGGUUUCGUACAUGCAUGGACUUUGCUAUUAAUCUCUGGCUAAUAUUACCUGGGGCUCUAUUUGAAUUAUUUUAUGGAACGAAAGUUGUUAUUACUGGAGAUCAAGUAGAUUCUAGCAAAAGUUCAUUGAUUGUGAUGAAUCAUCGAUGCAGACUAGAUUGGAUGUUUUAUUGGAUGGUGCAUUUGCGAACUGGUAGAUUAGGAAAUGAAAAAAUUAUCAUGAGGGGUGACUUGAAAAACAUGGUUGGAUUUGGUUGGUGUAUGCAGAACGUCUUGUAUUUUUUUUUGCAAAGGCGUUGGGACUUAGAUCAUAUUUACUUGGAUCGCAUGCUGAAUUACUUCAUAGAUGUAAAUUAUCCUCUACAGUUAUUUAUCUUCCCUGAAGGAACCAAUAUGUGUAAGAGAGGAAAAAGCAAAAGUGAUAGUUUUGCUGAAAAAAAUGGUCUUCCUAUUUAUCAAUAUGUUCUUCACCCCCAUGUUAAAGGUUUUAAUUAUUUAGUGCAAAAAUUACGUGGCAAGGUUAUCGACUCAAUUCACGAUGUUACUAUUGGCUACCCAAAAAAUCUGUGUUAUGGUGAAAAAGAUUUGAUCACGGGAAAUUUUCCAUUAGAGAUCCAUGUUUAUUUUAAAAGCUAUAAAAUUUCGGAUAUCCCAAACGACUCCGACUCUCUUGAUGAAUGGUGUAAAAAAAUUUGGCUCGAAAAAGAGGAACGUUUAAAGAAAUUUUAUGAAAAUGGAGAGUUUGUUGGCGAACCUGUUCAUUAUAACGAUAAAAAUUCUAUGUAUAAAUAUAACUCUAUAAUGGGCUUGGUAAAUCUAUUUUGGGCAACAUUUCUCUCUACAUGUGUUUAUUCUCUAUGGUGGUCUAGUUUUGCAAGAUGGUAUUCUGUAUUUAUGGUAAUAUUUUAUGUAGUUGUAACCUUUUGUGGUGGAGUUGAUAAGCUGCAAUUGUAUCUUCACGAUAAAAUUAAGAAUAAACAAAAUCUCCAUUAGAAUCUUAGAAGAAUUAUAUUUAAAAGUUUUCGUUUCAAAUUAUUUUAAUGUAUUGAAAGUAUAUAUAGUAUGUUUAUAAGAUUUUAAUGGUUAAUUGAGUUUUAAAAUUGAGGUUUAACAAAUCAACUGUUUUACGAUUAAUUAAAUUUCAUGAAUUCAA